UGUAUUUCACAUCUUUUCUUUUCUAUUAAAAGCUUUCUACUUCAUCGUGAUACAGCACGAGAACGUUUAUUGCUUCCGGCCAGGUUGACUAAUACCUGUUGUCUCUCUAAUAGCAUUCAUCCUUUAUCGCCAACAUCACCAGGCCUCAGUCGCAGCUCAGCAUCCCGGUCUGGCGAACCCAGAGAUCUCCAAGCUCAUAGGCGAGCAGUGGCGCGAGCAGCCCGAUGAGGUGAAGGAAUCGUGGAAGCGCCUCGCAGAGGAAGAGAAACUCCGCCACCAGCGCCAGUACCCAGACUACCGGUACCAGCCGCGACGCGGCGGCAAAAACGGGGCGAACGGCAAGCCGACUCCGGGAACUGCCGCGGGGGACGACCCGGGACGCUGCCAGAAGUGUGGCGGUAGAUUCAUCGCUACACCGCGCACGCCAAACACCCCCUUCAGUGCGGCUAUGACCCCUGCUUUUGCGAAACCCAUGGCGGCCGGGCUACCUUCUCAAAGCCCCCAGAUGGGGACUGGGCCAAAUUACAUGGCGCCUGGAUCGGGAAUACAUAAUCCAAACUCGAGAGUCAUGGACACGGAUCGUUUGAUGAGACGUGGAAGCAAUGCCAGCAUGGUCAGUGUGGAUUACCAUGGACGACGAUAUACUCAGCCGUAUCUAAGGGAUGUCGAAGAGGACUACACCAUGAUGAGCCCGUCAGCACCACCGCACAAAAGGCAGCGUCACAACAAUGCCCCCAAUGCAGCGUACCUACCAGCCAGUCCGCCCAUGGGAUGCGCACCACACCCUGCAGAACCAGGGUUUGCACAGAACCGUCAUAGCAAGAACGGACCGCCGAUGCUAGAUCCAGGUCCGCUGCCUCGAUUACCACCACACCAGCAGCAACAGCAACAGCCGCAGUCACAGCAAUACCAGCAACAGCAACAGAGCACGUACCGCCCGACCCAUAUGCAACCUCCUCCCCGUCCAAGUGUCUCGUACAACACGAACUACGGUCCUGGCUUCGACGAGACUCUACGCCUACCACCCCUGCAAACGCAGAUGCCUCACUCGCCAAGUAUGAAUCCCGAGUCUGGCAACACGACAGCCACGGCGGCCACUCAUGGUGUCGGCCUUGGUAUCAUCAUGAGCCCAAACGCACCACCUCCGCCGCCUCGGGGACAUGCGCUGUCGCCAAGCCAAAGGCCGCAGUGGCUCUACAGACUUGACAUGCUGCGCGCCAUCAGUCCUCCUCUAGCAGCUCUAGGUGUUGGCGUCCCAUCUUUCGAGACACGAGGUCCGAUCAUUGCACUCGAGGGUGCCCCACCCGAUGUCCUUAGGGAAGUCACGACUAUCGUCCAGAAAGCCCUGUCGGUAUCCGGUGAAUGUGCCGUCAAGACCUGGACAGAUCACGAGUCGAGCCAGGCACAGAACAGCAAACAAGCCGGGACGUCGAGCGAGAAUGACACCGACAGCUUCGCCAGCCCCAUCGCCAGGUUCCAGGCGGGCAUGCUCAAGUGGCACCGCACAUCGGAGGAGCUAGUAAGGUACAUCACACAUCAUCCGAGCCCUUCCGGCUCAUCGGCAGGCACGGCGGACCCAGACAAUAACAGCCAAUCGUCGUCGUUUUCCACCGAGCCUACCUCUAGCCAACCCCCUUUAUACCCACAAAAACUACCCGUCGCCGUGCUCAGCGCCGGGUACUCCCUCGCGAUCACAGACCGCUGUGCCGCAGAGCUGCACAUCGCGGACGCGUACCGGCCGGACGACCACUGGCGGUGGGUCGCAACUAUGUGGCGCGGGAUUGUGGGGCCGGAUCUGACGGUUUAUAUCAAGCCGUGCGCGGAUGAUGAGUUGAGGGCCAACCAUGUCGUGGAGUUUGCCGGACCGGGCGUGCUGGUCGUGAGGGUGCCCGAGAUCAAGGAAGGCGGGGCUGCGAUGGUGGUAGCGGACGAGAAGUUGGAAAGGCGGCUGGGCUUUGAGAUCAUGGAGUGGGUUAGAGGUGGCCAGUUUGGGAGGGGGUCGGUUUGAGGCCAGCACUUGUACAUGAGUGAGGACGUCGGCUUUUGUGCGAAUAUUCCAUGUCGGAAUUUGCCCAGGUUGCAGAUCGCCGGUAUGGGUUCGUGAAGGAAAUGUGACGGUUGUGGUCAUACGCAGUGUAAAAGCUAGACCUGUAUAAAUAGGUAACCGAGAUAAUUUUCUUUUGCCCUUGUGUGGCCCAGUGAUCAAAUAUUCUGAAGGAAUCAAAUUUCAUGACAGCUCAUUCACUUCUGUGUAUCUUGCAACAGAGCUGAGUUUGAAAGUAUG